AAACCUUAAUUUCACACCGUAUGAUAAACAUAUAACACAAAUAGACAAUAAAUAAAUGUUGGAAGGGAAAACAACGUUGGUCUGCGCUUCAAAACCUUAGAAAAUGGCUCUCAUCGGAUCAAACAUAGCAAGCGAGGUUGGACUCCGUUUACUCCUUUAUCCUCUUGGUUCCAACGUUGUACUUCGAACCGCUUGCUGUUCUGUGGGAGUUGCUUUGCCUGUCUACUCUACAUUCAAGGCAAUAGAAAGUAAAAAUCAAGAUGCUCAACAAAGGUGCCUUGUCUACUGGGCAGCCUUCGGCUCAUUCAGCCUCAUUGAAGUAUUUACGGACAAGCUUAUUUCUUGGGUUCCCAUGUACUAUCACGUCAAGUUUGCAUUUCUUGUUUGGCUUCAACUUCCACCUACCAAUGGAGCUAAACAGUUAUACAUGAACCAUCUGCGUCCCUUCUUGUUGAAGCAUCAAGAGAGUCUUGAUCGCGUUUUAGGCCUUGCAUAUUGUGAAGUGAUCAAGCUUUUUAGUUCAUAUCAAAAAGAGAUCCAGUCAGUCAAGAUCAUGGUAGGAAAGAUAACCAAAUCAGCUGAUAAAAUGUUGAGAAGCCCACCUACUGCAUCAGAUAGAUCAUCACAGCGUAGUUCAGUUGAUGAAUCUGCCACACCUUCCAAUGCCGAGCCUGACCAAAUCAAUAGCUAAUCAACCAGAAGGGUUUGGUGCACUGAAACUUAUGAGUCAUUAUGUUGCUGUUAGACUUAAAAUAUCAGAUACUAGACUUUCUUCUGUUAGUCUUUUCUUGAAAUCCUUUUUCUCUAAGAAAAAAACCAUAAGCUUUCUCCUGAUAGGAUGUCUUAGAUAAAAUUUCCGAGAUUUGCUUUUUUGCAAAGAUUGGAAGCUGUCAAUAUUUUUGUUGGUUUUAUAGAUUCACUUUUAAUGAUUGAUUUAUAGUUUUGUU